AUGAAAUAAGUAUUCCAUCAGCUGGCCAAACAACAUAACAUAACCAACAACAAGAGCUUUACUUUACCAACCAAAUAGUCCCUGGAGCAAUCCUAUUAAGAUGUGAAGUUUCAAUUUGUUAUGUAAUUCUCAAAAGCCACCACUCAGGAAUAACUUGAAUAGAUUGUGAAUAUACUCUUCAAUCAUGGAUUUCAAUCUUACAAGACCAGGAAUCUAUAGAAUGAUAAGAUUCUCUUAUUCAUAUGUAUUUGGGAUCCGAAAAUCAUUUUGGAAUAGGCAGAGUUGAUGCAACUUUAUAAAUUAGUUAUUGACCGUUCACAUACAUAAAUGCACGAAGUAUAUAGAAAGAUAGCUGAGAAGAUAAAUGUAAAGAAAAUAUUGGAUGAGAGGUUAGUUAUGGCUUUAAAUUAAAUUGAUAAGAGAAUAGUGGAAUUAGAAAAUUAUUAAAAAUUUAAAUACCACUUAAAAAGUGACUUCUGUUUACAUAAUGAAGACUCUGAAGUCAUUAAAAUAUUUAGUCCUUCUGAGACUUUACUUAUAAUAUACAAUUACUUACAUACUAUUAAAAUUGGAGACUUGGACAUGAUUCAUUUUCUAAAAACGGAAGAAUAUUUAUUAUAAGUAACUCCAAUUCAUGAUGAAAUUGUCUCACUCAACACAGUAUCUGACAUAGAGAGAUAUUUUGGAGGCAACUUAGCAGUCUAUUUCGAGUUCAUGAACUUCUAUUAAUCUAUGCUUAAGUAUUUGGCUUUAGCUGCUAUCAUCACUUUAAUUGUAGAUCAUCAAAGUAGUCUCUUUAAAAUCACCAAUGUAGCUAGUUUCUAUGCAGUACUCAACAUGGUAUGGUCAACAUUCUUCAUUAUUGCUUGGCGGAGAAAGGAGAAUGAGUUAAGUAUUGAAUGGGGAGUGUUCGGUUAAUAACACAUAAAAAGAUUAGAUCUGAACCCUGAAUAUAAAGGUACACCCAAGAUGAAUUAUAUCACGGGAAUGGUCAAGAAUGGCUAUCCAACAAGUAGCAGGAUAUUCUACUAUAUGGUAUCCUUAUUCGAAGCCAUCCCAAUUCUCAUUAUUGCUGGCUUGAUUAAAAUUGUUGUAUUCAACAUCAAUGGGCUCAUCAGGAAUGAAAGCAGUAUCUUCUACAUCAAGGUUGCAGCUUAGCUGAAUCAAGAGGGAGGUCUGUUAUAUUAUAAAUACACUACUAAUAUUUUAGACAUCUUCACUAUCUUAUUGAUAUUCUACAUCAACACUCUGUAUACAAAGGUUUGCAUUAAUUCAACCAAACGAGAAAAUCAUAGAACUAACUUGAGGUUUUAUAAUUCUUUAAUUCUAAAACGAUUCUUAUUUGAAUUAAUCAAUAGAUUCUUUCACUUAUUCUAUAUUGCAUUCAUCGAAUUUGAUAUACCAACUCUAAGGAGUCUCUUGAUUAAGUUGUUUGUAAUGGAUCAAAUAAGAAGAGUUCUAUUGGAAUCUCUAUUGCCAAUGUUAAUGAAGUAGCAGUAUGAAAAACAAAAGGAAUAAAGGAAGACAUUAAUGAAAAGAUUGUUGAUAGAAUUGUAUGCAGAACUUGAACUCUGGGAAUAUGAUGAUUUCGAUGAUUAUAUUGAAGUCAUAUUUCAAUAUGGAUACAUAGUAUUGUUUGCAGCUAUUUUUCCUCUGGCUGCUGCUCUCACAUAUAUUUUCAAUUUUAUUGAGAUAUGGAGUGACAAAUUCAAAUUAGCUAAUAAAUUAUACUAACGAAACCUACCCAAAAAGGCUUAUAGUAUAGGUGAAUGGAGAAGUGUUUUGAUGACUCUAUCAGUUUUAUCAAUAUACACAAACACAGCCUUUAUAGCUUUAGCUUAUUUCAAUGUAUUUGAUACUUGUUAGAAAACAGGAUGCGAUUGGGAAAACAUUCUUAUUCUAUUAUUUAUCAUUGAACAUUUUUCAUUAGGUUUGAAAUAUAUUGUACAAUAAACAAUCAAUUGUAAACCAAAAUGGGUUAGGAUAGUGUUGAGAAGAAUGAGAAGGAAAAGAAGAAAUUUUAAUUAUUGA